AUGGUGUUUGUCUGUACGCGUCUCGAAAUGUCGUCAAAGCCCAUAGUCGACCAUGACGACGCUUUGUUCAGCAACCCUGACCUCCUCGGGCACUACCUCGUCCCUGGAGCCUUGAUCGCCAGCGCGGGCAUAGGCUACAACAGCUCUAUGAUGAACGGUAUUCAAGGCGUAGACGGAUGGUCUUCGAAAACCCUGGUCUUGUACUAUCUGUCCCCGGUGCUGCGGUCGAUUGGCAUCACUCUCAUCAACGUCAUCAUUCAGAUCUAA